AUGUCGUUAGUGUUGGAGAUUACAUGCACCAACUUGAAGUUGGGCAACCUGGGCUCGAAAGUUGCUGAUAUCUUUCAAGUCAACUAUAGAGGCACUGCGUCCCGAGCGCAACUACCUCCGCAAUUUGAAUUGGACGACCAUGCCUUGGGUGUUGAUGACCGCGCACGGCUAGUGGAGCAACUACGACCAGAAUAUGCCACUCUAUCCAGCGAAUGCCAGACGAAGCAGGGGACAUGGCUCCCGUUGAGAGAGGCGCAACUUACAAAGCAGCUUCUUCGGAAGAUCAUCUACAAAGCAUUGUUUCAAAAACUGUACUCGUCAAAGCGCGUGUUUAUCGUUGAUCAUGAUUAUUCGGAAAAGAUGAAGGGGAUCAUCUAUGAGAUCUUCAAGGAGUUGAAAGCCAAGUCCGUUGUGUUUCUUCCUUGGUCAGUGUUGGCUGUCCUCGGAGCCGACCAGCGGAAUGGAUUGGUGCUCAAUUUCACGAUGGAGACGUUGAAAGUUCAAGUUGUGGUUGAUUUAAGAGUGAUUUACACCACAGAGGAAGUUACCAUCAAUUGCCUAAAUAAACAUGAAAAGCAUUCGGAAAUAGGGCAGAUUAUUGAAAAUACAGUCAAGGGAAGCGCCAUCGAUCUACGAAAGUGCCUCGGUGAGAAUGUAAUUAUAGUUGGCGACGAAGGGAAUGAUAACCAUGACAUUGAUUUGACCUUGGAGAAAGAGGCGUUUGAAACUCGACUAAAUGUUGGAUGCUGGGCUGCGUGUUCUUUAUAUUCACAGAUUUCUACAACGUGGCAAGACUAUAAACCAUACCAUGAGUAG